UUUGAUAAAGCUUCUGCUGCACUCAGGACCUGUCUCUCUUCCUUAUCGUUGUGUUCAAUUGAAUAUUGCUGCCUGAGGCCUACAGCCUGCCAUCUUCAGCUGCCUGGGCCAUGGCUCCCUUGUUCAACCUGAUGCUGGCUGUCUCGACCAUUUUCGUUGGAUCGUGUUUUUCCGAGUCUCCAUCCAAAGUGCGGCUAGUGGGAGGUGCCCACCGCUGUGAAGGGAGAGUGGAGGUGGAACACAAUGGCCAGUGGGGCACUGUGUGUGAUGACGGCUGGGACCUGAAUGAUGUGACUGUGGUGUGCCGGGAGCUGAAUUGUGGAGCAGCCAACCAAACCUCUCUUGGUGCAUCAUAUCAGCCACCGGCACCAAAAGAUCAAAGAGUUCUUAUUCAAGUGGCUGAAUGCAGUGGGAUGGAAGACACAUUCGCUCAAUGUAAGCUAGAUGACGAUGUUUUUGAUUGCUCACAUGCAGAAGAUGCUGGGGCACAGUGUGAGAACCCAGAGAGUGACUUCCUCUUCAUCCCAGAGAACGUGCGGCUAGUAAAUGGCCUGGGGCGCUGCCAGGGUCGAGUGGAGGUGCUCCACCAGGCCCAGUGGAGCACUGUGUGUAAAGCAGGCUGGAACUUGCAGGCUUCAAAGGUGGUGUGUAGGCAGUUGGGAUGCGGGCGGGCACUACUGACCCACGGAUGCUGCAACAAGAGUACUCAGGGCACAGGAUCCAUCUGGAUGAGCAAGAUGUCAUGUUCUGGACAAGAAGCAAACCUUCAGGACUGCCCCUUUAGUCGUUUGGAGAACAACUGUACUCAUGGCGAGGACACAUGGAUGGAAUGCGAAGAUCCCUUUGAGCUGAGGCUGGUGGGAGGAGACACCCCCUGCUCUGGGAGGCUGGAGGUGCUGCACAAGGGUUCCUGGGGCUCCGUCUGUGAUGACAGCUGGGGAGAAAAGGAGGACCAAGUGGUCUGCAAGCAACUGGGCUGUGGGAAGCCCCUCUUUUCAUCCUCAAAAUCCCGCAAAAGCUACGGGCCUGGGGCAGGCCGCAUCUGGCUGGAUGACGUCAAUUGCUCAGGGAGGGAAAAGUCUCUGGAGUUCUGCCGGCACAGGCUGUGGGGGUACCACGACUGUACCCACAAGGAAGAUGUGGGGGUGAUCUGCUCAGGCUUUGAUGUGUGAGCUGGAUCCCUGCUUGGUCAGUUGAGCCCUGAUUCUCCCAGUGGUUACAUCCAGCCAUGGGCUUUAGCCACCUCUCUGUCAGCCUCUCAGGAGUCUGAACAUUGUGCUCAUGUCUUCAUCUCAGGCUUACAGGUCCCCAUAAUCACCUCAGGAUACGAGCUGCUGAGUUCCCUUGCUGAUGACAUUUCUACUUGUCCUAUGCUCACUGUUCACUCUUUGGUGAUGGUCCCCAACUUUACUGCCUCUCCCUAGCCUGCCUGCAACUCUUGGGCCCGCCAGAGUGACCAGCUGUACAGGCCAUGACUAGGGCACAACUCGUUUGUGAGCAACACUGAGGAUGUGACAUGAGGUACACUUGAGAGGCAAUGUAGAUACACAGUAUUUUGGAGGUGAGAGAGAAAAUACAAUUAUUUAAAUGCUUUUUAAACUUUGUAACAAAUGAAGUGAUCGCAACAGUAACAGUUCACUACUCUGCUUUCUCUCAGAGAAAGUAGCAGGGUGGUUUCCUGAAGCCCUCAAAUGUUGCAUGUUGAGUUCUAGAUGUCUACCAAAACCUCUGAGUUUAAAGUUUGGUGUCUAAUGCAACAGUAGUCUGAGGUUAGGGAUCUAACUGCAUCUCAUGGUUUGAUCCCUCAGCCUUUAUGAGUAGGUUAAUCACUGUUGAGUCCACCGGGAGAUGGUAGAAACUUCAGGAGUUGGGACCUAGUUAGAGGAAGAAGUCCAUUGGAGUGUGCCUUUGGAAGGGGAGAUUUGGUCCACAGCUUGACCACCUCCCUGUGUAGAUGGGUUGCUUGCAUAUCUUAGCUACUGUUGUGAAUUAUGCUACAAUAAACAUGAGUGUUCAGGUA